GUUAUGAUAGGUAAAUGGAGAAAGAAAAAGGAGAUAUUUCCACGUGAAGACUUUACUCUCAUCAGUUUCACAUUCAUCGUCAAAUUCAGGUUUGGUUUUGGAGAGCCCUAAUAAGUAAACAGUAAUCAGAGUAAGUUUUGUUGAUGGCUGUAAGAUCACAGUCCCAAGAAUUCACCUACGAUGUCUUCCUCAACUUCAGAGGCUCAGACACACGCUAUGGUUUUGCUGGCAAUCUCUACAAAGCUCUUGAUGACAGGGGAAUCCACACUUUCAUUGAUGAUGAGAAGCUUCAGGGUGGAGAUGAACUAGCACCAGCACUUGUCAAGGCAAUUCAAGAGUCCAGGAUUGCCAUCACUGUGCUUUCUCACACCUAUGCUUCUUCUUCAUUUUGUUUAGAUGAACUGGUUUACAUCCUUGACCGUGCUGAGGAAAAAAAGUUGCUGGUUUUGCCAGUUUUUUAUAACGUGGAUCCUUCUUUUGUGAGGCACCAAAAAGGAAGUUAUGGUGAAGCAUUGGCUAGGCAUGAGGAAAGGCUCAAAGCUGAUAAUAUUGAGAGGUUAAACCGUCACAUGGAGAAGUUGGAGAAAUGGAAGAUGGCUCUUCAUCAAGUAGCUAACUUGUCUGGCUUUCAUUACAAAUAUGGAGAAGGAUAUGAAUACAAGUUUAUUGGGAGGAUUGUUGAGCGGGUCUCUAGUGAGAUUAAUCGUGCUCCUUUACAUGUGGCGGAUUACCCGGUUGGAUUAGACUCACAAGUGUUAAAAGUAAUGAAUCUUUUGGAUGUAGGAUCUAAUGAUGGUGUCCACUUGAUAGGGAUCUAUGGAAUGGGAGGAGUGGGGAAAACGUCACUUUCUUCAGCAGUUUAUAAUUUGAUUGCUUGCCAUUUUGAUGGUUCCUGUUUUCUUCAAAAUGUGAGAGAAAAAUCACGCAAACACGGGUUAGAACAUCUUCAAAGCAUCAUUCUUUCCGAAAUACUUGGAGAUAAGAGAAUUAUGUUUGCAAGUGAGCAACAAGGAAUUUCAAGGAUACAACACAGGCUCCAAAACAAGAGGCUUCUUUUGAUUCUAGAUGAUGUGGACAAGCAUGAGCAGUUGCAGACACUUGUUGGAAGGCCUGACUGUUUUGGUCCUGGAAGCAAAGUCGUCAUCACCACUCGGGACAAACAACUGCUGGCAUCUCAUCAUGUUCAAAAAACAUAUAAGGUGAAAAAGUUAAAUAAGAACCAUGCUCUUCAAUUGCUUACAUGGAAAGUUUUCAAAUCAGAACAUGUUUAUCCAGCAUACGUGGAGGUGCUUAAUCGUGCAGUAACUUAUGCUUGUGGCCUUCCAUUAGCUUUGGAAGUAAUAGGUGCCAACCUGUGUGGAAAAAGUAUACAACAAUGCAUAUCUGUCAUAGAUCAAUACAAAAGAAUUCCAAACAAUCGAAUCCAAGAGACUCUUAAAGUAAGCUUUGAUGCGUUGCAGGAAGAAGAGAAGAGAGUUUUUCUUGACAUUGCUUGUUGCUUCAAAGGAUAUAAAUUAACAGAAGUUGAAGAAAUACUUCAUGCUCAUCAUGGUGCUUGUAUGAAAUAUCAUAUUGGCGUGUUGGCUGAAAAAUCUCUCAUAAAGAUUGGUCAGUAUGAUAGAGUUACAUUGCAUGACUUGGUAGAGGACAUGGGCAAGGAAAUUGUCAGACAAGAAUCAGCAGAAGAACCAGGGAAGCGCAGUAGGUUAUGGUUACCGAAAGAUAUAAUCCAAGUUUUGGAAGACAACACUGGAACAAGUGAAAUUAAAAUCAUAUGUCUGGAUUUCCCCUUGUUUGAAAACAAAAUGGUAGAAUGGAAUGGGAUGGCUUUCCAGAAGAUGCAAAACCUCAAAACACUUAUUAUUAGAAAUGGAAUUUUUUCUGAUGAUCCCAAAUGUUUUCCAAAUAGUUUGAGAGUGUUGGAAUGGUGGAGAUAUCCUUCACAUUGUUUACCAUCUAAUUUUCAACCAAAACAACUUGCAAUAUGCAAGUUACCCCAUAGUCUCUUUAUGUCAUUUGAGAUGGAUGGAUUAAGCAAGAAGCUCAGGAAUCUACGGGUUUUGAAUUUUGAAUGCUGUGAAUGUUUAACUCAGAUACCCGAAGCCGUAUCUGAUCUCCAAAAUUUGGAGGAACUUUCAUUUCAAAAUUGUGUAAAUUUAGUUAGAGUUCAUAAUUCGGUUGGUUUGCUGGAGAAACUUAGGAUAUUGGAAGCUUCUGGUUGCAUCAAGCUUAGGAAUUUUCCACCCCUGAAGUUGACUUCUCUUGAAAAACUUGAACUUUCACAUUGUUCUAGUCUUGAGAGUUUUCCAGAAAUUAUAGGAAAGAUGGAAAACAUAAGGGAACUUCGGUUGCUAGGAACUUUCAUAAAAGAGUUGCCACUUUCAUUUAAAAAUCUAACUCGGCUUAAAAAGUUGUCCCUGCUAUUCUGUGGAAUUGUUCAGUUACAAAGCAGCAUUGUCAUGAUGCCAGAACUGACUUUUAUUGAGGCUUGGGGAUGGAAAGGGUGGCAGUGGAUAAAGUGGGAAGAGGACGAAGAAAAAGAUGGCUCAAUGAUAUCUUCAAAAGUAGAAUUGCUUUGGGCGCCAAAAUGCAACCUGCGUGAUGAUUUUUUUCAAAUAGGUUUCACACGGUUUGCUCAUGUUAAAGAUUUAGACCUAUCGAACAAUAAUUUCACACACCUUCCUGAAUGCAUCAAAGAAUGUCAAUUUUUAAAAAAGCUUGACGUGAGUUGUUGCAAUCAUCUUCGGGAAAUCAGAGGAAUCCCACCAAAGUUGAAACAUUUCAACGCAACAAACUGUUUAUCGCUGACAUCCUCGAGUAUAAGCAUGUUCCUAAACCAGGAUCUGCAUGCGAAUAGAAAAACUAUGUUAGUUUUGCCAGGAUCUUGGAAACCCGAAUGGUUUGAUCACAUAAGUUAUGGACCUUCAUGUUCUUUCUGGAUUCGCAACAAAUUCCCUGGCAAAGUUCUUUGUCAUUUUGUUGCACCGGAGGAUAGAGACAUUAGAGAUUAUGUUAAACCCAUGUUGUGCAUCAAUGACAAAGUUUAUUUAUGUUUCUUUGAUAGGCUCAAGUUCUUGAAGUUGGGAGCAGAACACACAUUUCUUUUCGAUCUACGAAAUUUAAUCUUCACCAACAAUCUGUAUGAAGUGCCUUUACAGAAUGAAUGGAACCCUGUGAAGGUUAUAUUUUUUAAUUUGAAAGCAGCCUCAAUGCCUACACAAGUGCCUAUACAAAUUGGAAUCCAUGUAUUCAAGCGGGAAAGUAGCAAUGAAGAUAUUAUGUUCACUAAUCCUUAUACAAAGAAGAGGAAGCUAGAAAAGAUCCUAACUGGUUUUCCCAAUACAUCCAACUACAUUUUGGACUUUGAUCUUUCUGGUUACUGGUUUUCCCAAUACAUGCAAGCCUUUCACCAAGACCAAAUUUUGAAUAAUGGCAAAAUUAAGCUUCUGACGGGGUGAAAAGAUUUUUGCACUUUUUAUCUAUGCUAUAAUUAAAGUGCACCAUAGUCACACCCACGACAUUUACUCAUUUUUCAAAUUUUGUAAACCCUUGAACCACACCCUGCACCCCUUUCCUCUCCAACUUGUUUGCGGUCCAAGCCUCCACUUGCCAAAUUUGGUGAAGCUUUCUUACUCAUUGCACCAACCAAGCUUGUUCUUCAUCCCUGCACACACGACACCAGAUAUGACAAGAACAUAAUGUGCAUCUACGUAUCGAGGUGAUAGUUCUUUACAAGGUGAACGAGAAGAAAACCUACAACAUCAGUUCGUAGAAGGUCGUCGUGAAGAAGUUGGGACAUUACAUGACCUGAUGUUCACGAGGAUAACGAGGAUGUUAUUGAACAACAGGAUGAUGUUGUUGAGCAGCACAAGGAUGUUGUUCAAGAACAAAAUGAAAUAUGUGGAUUUCCAGAAGGAUCUGCAUGUGAUUCAAAAAACUGUUACUUUUGCCAGGAUCUAGGAACCCUGAAUGGUUCAAUCACAUUAGUUAUGAACCAUCAAGUUCUUUCUGGAUUCGCAAAACAUUGCAAAGUUCUUUAUCUUUUUGUUGCACCGAAGGAUAGAGAAAUUAGUGAUUAUGUUAAACCCAUGUCGCUCAUCAAUGACAAAGUUUAUGUAUGUUUCUUUGAUAAGCUCAAGUUCUUGAAGUUGGGAGCAGAACACAUUUCUUUUCGAUCUACGAAAUUUAAUUUUCACCAACAAUCUGUAUGAAGUGCCUAUAGAGAAUGAAUGGAACCAUGUGAAGGUUAUAUUUUUUAAUUUGACAGCAGCA